GCCUACCACUUGACACCGCUAUCAUCUCUAGUCCUUACUAUCAAUGUAGUUACAUAUCAAGUAUCCAUCUGCAUAUUCAUAUAUGUUCGCUUUAGCUGGAAAUUCAUGAGCAAGAACUGAUCGAGAAGAAAAUGGGAAUUUGUUGGAGAUCGCUUCCACAUUUUACAGCUCAUGUCAUUCUACUUGUUUUGUUCUUCUCUACCUUCACUUCAUCAGAAGCAUACGAUCCACUUGAUCCAUUUGGAAAUAUUACGAUUAAAUGGGAUGUAGUAAGCUGGACACCUGAUGGAUAUGUGGCUGUUGUUACAAUGUUCAACUUCCAGCAAUUUCGCCAUAUUCAAGAACCUGGCUGGACAUUGGGAUGGACAUGGGCGAAAAAAGAAGUCAUAUGGAGCAUGGUGGGUGCUCAGACAACGGAGCAGGGGAAUUGCUCAAAAUAUAAAGAUUAUGUUCCACAUAGUUGUAUGAAGAAUCCAAAAGUUGUAGAUUUACUACCUGGAACUCCAUACAAUCAGCAGAUUGCAAAUUGCUGCAAGGGAGGACUACUUAGCUCAUUGCUACAAGACCCAUCAAAUGCUGCAAGCUCAUUCCAGCUUAGUGUUGGUGAAUCAGGAAGCAACAAUAAAACUGUCAGGGUGCCUAAAAACUUCACUCUGGAAGCUCCAGGGCCUGGCUAUAUAUGCGGACCUGCCAAAAUCGUCAAGCCAACUAAAUUUAUUUCAGCAGAUGGAAGGAGAAUGACUCGAGCUAUGAUGACGUGGAAUGUUACAUGCACAUAUUCACAGUUCCUGGCUCAGAAAACUCCCGCUUGCUGUGUUUCUCUGUCGUCUUUCUACAAUGAAACUAUUGUCCCCUGCCCUUCAUGUUCCUGUGGCUGCAAAAACAAUGGUUCCCUUUCAGGGAGCUGCUUAGACCAAAAGUCUGCAUACAUCGCGAGUCCUAGCAAGAACAACACUGCACCUCUGGUUCAGUGCACAAGUCAUAUGUGUCCAGUCCAAGUCCACUGGCAUCUAAAGCUCAAUGACAAAGGCCACUGGAGGGCUAAUGUUUCCGUUACAAACUUUAAUUACCGGAUGAACUACACACAGUGGAACAUGGUUGUUCAACAUCCCAACUUUGUCAACAUGACUCAAAUAUUCAGCUUCAAUUACAAACUGUUAGCGCCGUCUGAAUACAUUAAUGAUACAGCUAUGUUAUGGGGUAUUAAGAGACGUAACGACAAUCUCUUGCAAGCCAGCCAACACGGACUAGGGAAUGUUGAGUCAGAUAUUAUCUUCAGAAAAGAUUCAUCAACUUUUACUUUCGAAAAGGGUUGGGCUUUCCCUCGAAGAAUCUACUUCAAUGGUGAUCCUUGUGUGAUGCCAUCUCUUGAUUCUUAUCCAUAUUUGCCACCAGAUAACAGUUCACCAAUUACCAGUUCGCGAAAUACCAUUUCACCACCUGCAAGUUCACCAAAUAGGAGCUCACGGCAAGAGAUCUUGGCAUUUACACUGAUGAUUGCGCUAGUCUCAUAUUUGCUGUUCUGCUUUGCUUAUGUCUGAGGAUCUCAGAGUUGAUGUUAUCACAUUUGAUGAUAUGAUUUUCAGUAAAAUAUUUUUCAUUAAAAUAUAUGUUCAAAAUUCUUCUCUCAAAAUAAUUU